CGGCAGCCCUGGUUUGCCGUACACCUCAAUAGCACUGACGAGGGGCUUAAAUCCAGAGCAAGUGGUCGCCUGGAUACCUAAAAGGGCUCACGCACAAUCAAGUCCCUCGAAAUGGUGUCAAUAAGUGCCGACAGGUUCUGUGAAACCGACUUCUGAGAGGCUUCAGAUCCUUCCUCUGUGAAUCGGAAUCGAAAAAGGUUUCUGAAUAUCUUGAGCCCGUUCAACAAACGUGUUCGAGGCUUCCUCUGCUGAUUUCUCGCUGAGACACAUCCGGGAUAUGAGGAAGAACGAGAAUUGGGGACCCGGUUGAGCACGAGACAUAAUCUCAAUGCUGCAUACUGUGUGCUGCGGGAGGAGCACGUUUGAUGCAACAACGAUCUGGGAUCCAGGUCAACAUAACCGAUUGUUAUCGCCUGCUCGACGCUGGGAGACGGAGCGAUGGUUCCAACACAAGAGGCGAAAUGGUCUGAGUGGAUCUUAUAUUUGUCAAUGGAAGCGUUGAGCUCG